UGUGAGACAGGUGAGGGGCGGAGCUACAUGGGGAAUUUCUCUGAUGGACGGACCUCAGAUCAGCUGCAGCUUUGCUGUUUUCCACAGAGUUCCCGAUGCUGCCGCCGCCGCUGCUGCUUCAUGUCGGAGGUUCAUUUAUCAUCCCAGAAGGUGUGGAUGUGUUACAGCUCUCACUGGAGCUGAAAACAAGGCCUGAGGGCCUCCGACCAACAUGUAUGAACAGAUCAAUCUGCUUCAAACCAUUUGGAUGCAUCACAAUCAUCAUCAUCUGAAUCUUCCUCCUCAGGUGUGUCCAGGCAGGUGGAUCACUGAUCUGACAUGUUUGUUCCCCAGUGGGACUCCACCUGAAGAUCAGCUGCAGACAGCAGCCGUCACCUGGACAGGUGGAUCAACUCAACUCUACACAGGAAUUUAAAAAAUGGAUCAUCAUCGUUCUGAUUUCAGGAUUUAAGAUUCUCUUAAAUCUGAUGGCUUGAUACCAGAUUAUUUCAACUGAACUGGUUACGACAAGGAUUUACUCUUAAACAUCAGAAGAACCAGAACCAGAACCAGAACCAGAACUGGACCUCAGUGGUCAUUUUUCAACCAGGCCUCUGAAGAAGAUCCUCUCCUCAUCCUCAUUCAUCUCUGACCCUCAUCAGCAUCAUGACGCUGCAUGAAGCUGCGCUGAGUUAACCAGCCGCUAAAGAAGGCGCGAUGUUGGUGUAUCGCCCCCUGCUGGUCACCUGGGUUCUGCUCGCCUCCUCAGUCCGAAGCCAGAGCUGGAGGCCGUGCACAGACCUGCGUCCGAUUGACCUCCUGUCCAAAGCCCUGCCACGCCCAGCACAAGCCACGCCCACUCAGGUGCAGAUGGUUCAGUCCAGAGGGUCCAGAGGUAUCAGGCUAACCGGCACCACACCGACAGCUCUGAGUUUUACCGCCUCACAGAUAUUCACCAACUGUGACUAUUUUCCUUCUGAGUUCUCGUUGGUGGCCACCAUGAAGAUAAAAAGACUGAGGAAGAAGACGAAUCAGUACAUCUUCUCUGUGGUGAAGGAGGGAUCCGAGUCACUGCUGCUGGGGCUACGUGUCUCUGAGAACUGUCUUCACCUUCUGACCUCUCCCCCUGGUGGUGGGGGUCGGAAAAGGAUCAGUUUUAAAAAUGUCCGAUUGGACGACGACAGAUGGCACACCGUGGUUCUGGCUGUGACCGGUCCUUACGCAACAUUGACCGUUGACUGUGGGCUGCCUGUGGAAAUUAAACAGGUCCGGACCUUCCCCAGCACUCUGAGCACCAGAGGGUCCAGGUUCAUCAUCGGCAGCAGGGGCCACUGGAGGGGCCGCUUCUCUGGUCUACUUCGUCAGCUGGUUCUUCUUCCAGGCUCAGACGCGAUGCCCAGACUUUGUCCCAACUCUGAACCCAGACUGGCAGAGCUCUCUGUCCCACAGGUCCUCAAGUCCUCCCCGCUCCAACCCGACCAGCAGGGCUCAGUUUAUCCAUACGAGGCCGAGGCCAGAGUGACUGCAGGCGAUCGUCCUCCAUGUUCAGGCCCAGAGAAAGGUCAGCUGUGGUUCAACGUUCGGAAGAAAGGUCUGUUCAUCUGUGACGGGAUGAUGUGGAGGACCCUCAUGCAGGAUAAAGAGCGUCUGGACUAUGUGGAGGACUACCAGGACUUCUACACCCGCUCAGAAACCUUGGAUGUGGAGCUCUUCUCCAUCCCGUCUGAAGGCCUGUUCAUGGCUGCAGCCAACAGGGACUCCCGACCCGGUUCUGGUAUUUACAAAUGGAUUAAUGGGUCAUUCCAGCUGUACCAGAACGUCAGCACUCAGGAAGCUCAAGCCUGGAAAUAUUUCACCAUCGAUGACAAGGUUUUCCUGGUGGUGGCGGACAUGCAGAAGGCAGAACCUGAGCUGUCGACCAUCUAUCGGUGGAAUCGUCGGCAGAAACGUUUCAUUCGCUUUCAGACUCUGGAGACCCACUCUGCUCGGGACUGGGAGGCCUUUCACAUCCACAACAACAGCUUCCUGGUGGUGGCCAAUCACAUGCGAGCCAAAGACUCCAACCAUAACAUCCACAGUGUGAUCUACAGGUGGAACCCUGACACAAAGCUGUUUGAGGUGAACCAGACUCUGUCCACGUCCGGAGCCUAUGACUGGGAGUUCUUCACCAUCGGCCCGUAUCAUUUCCUGGUGGUGGCGAACACCUUCAACGGUCAGAACACCACCAUCAGCUCCACCAUCUACGUCUGGUUGGACGGGUGUUUCCGGAGCUUCCAGAACAUCACGACGGUUGGAGCGACGGAUUGGGAGAUGUUCCAGAUCGACGGCCGGUUCUUCCUCGCCGUCGCCAACAGUCAGCAGUUCUCCAGGAAAUCCCAGAGUCUCUACAACAUCAACUCCACCGUGUACGAGCUCAACAUGUUCACCCAGACCUUCCUCCGCUUCCAGGACAUCCCGACUCACAGCGCUCUUGACUGGGAGUUCUUCACCAUCGGAGACGAGAAGUUCCUGGUUGUGGCGAACUCUUACGAUGGCAGUUCUUACUCUGUAAACAGCGUCAUCUACAGGUGGCAGGGCUACGAGGGCUUCGUCCCGGUCCACAGUCUGCUCACGUUUGGCUGCAGAGACUGGGAACACUUCACCACUGAGCAGGGCUCCUUCCUCAUCUACUCCAGCGCCACCUCCAGGCUCAGCAAGGUGUUCAGACUGAGAACGUACUGAGAGGUUCUGAUUGGAUCAGACUGAUGUCCUCACGUCUCUGAGGGCGGGGCUUCAGGAGGAGUCUCCUCUCUGUCAGCUUCAUCCUCAAACUCUGAAGAAAAAAUACUUUAUUUAUAAGAAGCACUUUUUAAACUAACUAAAUUAUGAUAAGCUCUGCAGACGGAACUGAUCCAGAUUGCAGAUUUAUUCUUAAUGUUUUUCACACAGAACAUUUUUUAUGCUUCUAAUAUAACCUCCAGUUAGGUUAACAGUUUUAUUUGACAUAAAAAUCAAUUAUAAACUAAUAGAUCUAAAAAAAAAUCAAUUCUGAAAAAGCAUCACAUUAGGAGGCUAAAAGCUCCUUAUCUGUUUCUGUUUUUGAAUCAAAGUUCUGGAGCCCCACAUAUAAACACUUUUGUGAAUUUCCAACUGAAACUGGGUGUACAGUAAAAACUUAAAACAUUAUGUACAUAAAUAAAUCAGGAUGAAUGAAAUGGUAAGUAUGCACAGUUUGAAAAACAUUUCCCUUUUACAUCCCAAUUAGUGGACUCCUACCACAUCGAGGGAUUGAUAAUUAGUCGGGAACAGGUUGUGGUCUCUUUCCAGCCAUUUUCUUCAUUUGAAUGAAUGAAACUUGAACUAGGCCAAGUCUAUAUUCAAUGUAAUUAAAAUUACAUUAUUUAUCCUGAAGGGAAAUUAAAUGUCAUAACUCACAUCAUCCAAGUACCUUCAAAGAGUCGCUGUGGAUGGUGAUGCUAUGGAAAAGAAGGAUCUCUGCUAGCAGUCAAUCUUGCAACUAAUCUGAAGACACCUCUGACUGAAGACUGUUGCUUUCUGACAUUUUCUUGACUUUCUUGACAUUCUAGUAGUUAAAUUUCUGAGCAGCAGAGAUAAUAUUUAACCUCCUAAGUGUCACCAAUAGGUCAAUAAUUUCAGAAAUUGUCUCCUCAUUCUUGAAGCAUUUGAAGUGUUUUGUAAAAAUGAUACUUGUGAUGUUCUGCUUUUUUAUGAAGUGAAAUUUCUUUGGGUGUGGUCAUUCAUCAGCAUUACUGCCCUCUGCUCCCCUCUACAGGUUUCUCUGCUCAAUCAUAUACAAAUCUACACUGAAAUGUUCUCUGAGGUCUAAAAUUAAUGACUUAAUGAAAAUUGUUUAUGUAAAUGAUGUUAAAUAUUAGAAUUAAUAAUGCUUUAAUGAAUUUCUGUUCUAUAAUAGACCCUUUCUUUGGCUCUGUUCCAGUCUGUCCUGUUGUUUUUUAUUGCAUUUAUUUAUUGAUUUGUGUUUUUGCUGCCGGACAGUAAACUCACUACUAUUUGUUGUUAUUUUGUCAUAUCGUAAACCCAAUUUUCUCCUCAGGUUAUAAAAGAGCUACUGUAAAGAAAUAAAUUCUGAGUUUAUUUUCAAG